UGUGUGUGCUUUGUUGCUUGACAGUAUGAUAAAUGUGUGUAAGCUGGAGUGCAUGUAUGUGUAUAAUUUUGCUGUUUGAAAAGCAUCGAGAGCUCAUGUGCGUUUCUUUGCAUGUGUGUGCGUGUGUGUGUCAUUUGAUGUUUUUGUUUGAUUGGCAGUGCUGUCCUGCUUUUAACACUCACUCUGCUCUGAUUCUCAACAUAUGCCACAAUUACACUACCAGUCCUCUGUUCUAACGCUUUAAAGAUGUGGGACUUCACACACUUGCACGCUCACUCACUCUCACCGAGUAACCCCAAUGUACAAACAUGUGGCUAGCGAAAGUUUGACAAGAAAGAUCGUGAAUUGCGGGGUAUCUUGAUUUAGGACCAAGUUUUACAGGGUCCUUGAGGGGUCCCUUGUGGAUCUUCAGAGUUUAAUGACGUCUAUAUCUGAUAACUAAUGUGUAACAUUGUAACUAAUCAUUUAUGACGCAUCAGAUGUGGUAUGUAGUAGAUUUAUAACGUGCUGGGGAGUCGCUAUCGUGUAUAAUAAUAAAAAUGAAUUCGGAAACUCUGUUGACUUCAUCAGUUAACUCGUUAACAGAUGGUUCUUUUCAGGGAUUGCGAAAUGGGAACUAUUAGAUGUAGCUACGGAUGGAACUAUUGUGUAAUCUACGCGUUAGCGCUGGAGUGAUUUGCGUGCGUCCGCAUUCUCUGGUGAAUGUCGUAGUUGUUGUGUGGAGCCUCGCGCUCUUUUCCGCGGCAGGAUUUUCAAUGAGAUGACGUCACACCGCCAGCCAAUCAGCGUCUGGGGGUCGGUCUCUGGAACUGGCCGCAGUAGGUUAUCAGCGUGAAACCUCGCAGUCUGAGGUCAGGAAGCCAGAUGAGCCCGCAGAGAAGCGCUUGCUCACCGCGACCAGCACAAGCCAACAGUCGCUGAGAGGACGAGGAAGUUCGGUAUGCAGAAGCAAUGCUGAUUGACCUGCACGCAGCCAUGGAACCGAAGCGCGAGCCGGCGAAGUUGGAGGAGCGCGAGCGCACGCAGGCGGCGUGUGAGUGCCAAAGCCAAUGCAACAACUGCAAAAUCUUCCUGAGUUUGUUCAUCCUCUCGCUCUCUCUGCACCUCGUCACCCUCUUCUGCUACCUGGACCUGCGCUCGGAGCUCAAACGCGAAAUAUCCCAGAAAAACAAAGAUGAGGUGUCAUCCACGGGGCCAGUGCCGCACUAUGAAGCCACAGAGCCGGUGCUCCAGUCACCGGACACCGACCACCCAACAAUAGGCGACCAGAGCAGAUGGAGGGAUGAACACACAAGAGGCCUGGAUAGAGUCAUUCAUCGCACCAAACGUUCAGAAACUAAUGGAAAAAAGAAAGGCGAGCGAAAAAAAGGCAAGAAAGGGCCCCCUGGUGCUCCUGGACCUCCGGGGCCACCUGGUCCACAGGGUCCACCUGGAAUACCAGGGAUCCCAGGAAUUCCAGGCAGCAACGCCAUGGGUCCCUCUGGCCCACCCGGCCCUCCUGGGCCACAAGGACCACCUGGACCACAAGGACCACCUGGACCUCAGGGACCUUCAGGUGGUGAGAAAGGCAAACACAGAGAGGCACAGCCAGCUGUGGUGCAUCUUCAAGGUCAAGAAACCACUAUCCAAGUGAAAGAAGAUUUGUCAGAAGGUGUGCUGAAGAAUUGGAGGAUGAUCUCGAUCCACCAGAGAGUGUUUAAAAUGCACUCGCGCUCUGGAGAGCUGGAGGUCCUACUUGACGGAACAUACUUUAUAUAUAGUCAGGUAUAUUACCUGAAUUUCACCGACAUUGCCAGUUACGAGGUGAUGGUGGACAAAACUCCGUUCUUACGCUGCACCAGAAGCAUCGAAACCGGCCAGCGCAAGUUCAACACCUGCUACACAGCCGGAGUGUGUUUGUUACGAGCUCGUCAGAGAAUCUCCAUUCGCAUGGUAUACGAGGACACCUCCAUCUCCAUGAGCAACCACACCACCUUCCUGGGCAGUAUCCGGCUGGGGGACGCCCCGUCUGCAGGACACACCUGAUACCAAACCUGAACACAUGCACAGAUCAGUACCCAAAACACCCUCUGUCAGCCCUUACACACCAAAGCAGACUUUAAAAAAAGUUCUAGAAAACUGGUUUAUGUGACUAGAUGAGCUGAGAGACUAUGUGUGUGUGUGUGUGUGUCUCAAAUAGACUCAAACACACAGACGCACACACGUGCGCAUGGAAGAAGUGAAGCUGCAGUGUUUUCAGGGACUGGAACUGCAAACAGAAGUGUUUAUUUUUCUUCCAGUGAGAAACUCUACUGUGUUUCUAUGCAGCAGACACUCAAUCUUUACAUUCAACAGCACACGCAUAGCGAACCUGUGUACCAGUCUAUUCUAAAUAAGCACUGAUAAUGGCAUUGUAUUUAAAGCAGAAUAUCUAUGUUCAGUUAUCUCUCAUCUUUUACACACAGUCAAGGAUGUACAGUACCUGUUUUUAAGUCACAGCGUUCGGGACAGGAUAGUGAUGUUCAGCUUGAUUUGCUCGUUUGGAUUGGUUCUUUUACGCUUUAUCUCUGUGCAGAUGUUCAGGCACUGAAUUUGAUGGUUCCUUCAUAAUGCUUUUUUUUAGUAUCCCUCAUCAUUCUGAAUAUGAAAUACCCUACAUCUUCUGUAGGGGGCAGCAGCGCUCCUCAACAGUAGAUAAAGGCAGCACUAAAA